GGCCUGAAGGAGGUUCAGAAUAACGGCGCAAAGAUCAUCAUCCUGGAGGAGGCCCUGCGAAUACAUGUCGGACACGCCUCAUCCGGAGCAGAAACAUGAGUUUAUGAGUCAAAUAUCCGACGUGUGCUGUGGUCGAAUUGGGGAUUUGAGAGCAGAUCCAGAGGUCCGACCGCCUGUGUGACUAGCGGUAACGAUAGCAGCAGCAGCAGCAUGCGUGUGAGUAACUGAAGCGCAUGCAUCCGAUCAGGGCACGGACUGUCGGAACCGAGUCAAGCCGUGGAGCACACGAUCUCAAGCUCACGGGCUCAUCGAUCAUCAUCCGCUACAUGUGACCGAACCGAAGUGGCCGAACCCAUCUGUAGCUUCACCAACGGGCUGCGCGUUAGCACGGCAGGUCAGUACAGAAUGGCUCCUCAUGUGGACGCGGCCCGGAAACUGGCCUGGAUUUUACUGAAGUCACUGCUCCGUUUUACCUUUAUGUUUGUCAAUAACUGUGUCGCCAUCCCAUCCUACUGCCUAUACCUGAUAGUCCUGCAGCCUCUAAGAGUUCUGAAUGCCCACACGUUCUGGUACAUUGAAGGGGUGAUGUUCAGGUGGUUACUGGCGAUGGUGGCGUCUUGGGGCUGGUGUGCAGGCUACACAGUGACAGAAUGGGGUGAUGAUGUGAGAGCGAUGUCUGAAGAUGAAGCCAUGGUUAUAGUCAACCAUCAAGCUACUGGAGAUGUGUGCACCCUAAUGAUGUGCUUGCAGGACAAGGGCACGGUUGUACAAAAGAUGAUGUGGUUGAUGGACCAUGUUUUUAAAUAUACCAAUUUUGGGCUCGUGUCUCUGAUUCAUGGAGAUUUCUUCAUUAGGCAGGGCAAAGCACAUCGAGAAAAACAGCUAGUUUUCCUGAAGGAUCACCUGGACAAGUAUUACUACAGUAGAGACAGGAAGUGGAUUGUGCUGUUUCCUGAGGGCGGGUUCUUAAGAAAGAGGCGAGAGACAAGUCAGUCCUUUGCCAAAAAGAAUGACUUGCCUUACUUGACUCACGUAACACUGCCACGGUUGGGGGCCACACAGAUUAUCCUGAAGAGCUUGGGACCCCAGCAGGAAAACGGUAUCCUGGGAACAGAAGGAAGUCUGCCAGAUCAAUGUAACAGAUCUAAAGGACUACAGUGGGUAAUAGAUAUGACCAUAGCAUACCCUAAUGCAAGACCCAUGGACAUUCAGACAUGGAUUUUUGGCUAUAGAGAUCCAACAGUCACACACGUGCACUACAGGACAUACCCUAUAAAGGACGUCCCAUUAGAGCCAGAAGCGCUUACAGAUUGGCUGUAUCAGCGAUUCGUGGAAAAGGAGAAACUUCUGGCUCACUUCUACAAGACAGGAACUUUCCCUCCACAAGAUGGCCAAAAGGAGAUCGCUUCCCGAAAUAUGACCCUUGACAACGUUUGGCUGUUUUUUGUGCAAACGUUUGCCUUCGCCUCAGGCUACAUAUGGUACAUCAUUCUACAUCACAUCUACUACUGGUUCUUCUGACAGAUCUGAGGAGACCCUGACACGCGGGAUAAAGAAGGGAUAAAGCCAGAGACCAAGAGCCCCGUUUGCCAUUCUCCUCUGCUGGAUGGUUGAAUGUACCCUGCAGAUCGACUCUAGUUGCUGUUUUCGAUCGUAACCCCCACCCCCCCAUCCUUCGAACAGACACAUCCACCCAAUCCCAACUGCCUGCGCAGACAUGUGUCUAUCCUUUAGUUUUGCAUAGAACCAGUACAUGUUUACACAUGCGCGCUCACAUGCAGAGAGAAGAUUAUGCACAUCUCAAUGUUUACCCAUGCACAUGUGGACACACCUUUUAUUUUUUCUUCUUUUUUUACUUACAAUCAAAAUUAGGCUCAGGAAUAAGCCAGAGAUAGAUCUGUUUUGUCCUCGCAUUUCCAUGUCCUGCCACAUGAGCUUCCCUGCCCUUUUUAUCAUUAUGAGACGAACUCCCAAAUAGGAUGACUGAAUUUUUCAGAGACUGCUGUCCUCUUUGGAAGAGCCUCCUCUGGCUUUCAUUGCACUAUGAAUCCUUGUUUGCUCCCAUUCUGUGUCCCCCCAGGAGACCCUCGGUGUGAGCCGCCCUCAUGUCAUUUCUCCCAUGUGGCCGUUUUGUCUCAUGUCGACUGGAUGCUGUUUUCUGUAUGUAUUGUCAGUAUUGCGUGAUGGUAGAAUGAUUGUGAUGUUUACACUGACUGGGCACCUAUAGUUUGAAAAGGAAAUGUAAUCUUUUUUUGAUGAUGUUGGGGGGAUUUUGAAGAAGAAUCUAUGUAAAACAAUAACUGGGCCAGAUUAUGGUAUCCUUUGAAGGACUUUACACAAUCAACGCCAUACAGACACAUCCAGGUGCACCACGCAACUGUCACACAACCGAUUCAAUAGGACAAAUAACCUUCAUCCAAAGUUUUACAAAUAUUUAAGCCAUAUGCUUAUAUCUU